CGCCAGGCUCUCCCGACCCGCUGCAGGAGAAACAGCUGUUUGAGGGAGACAUCGAGGUUUCGUCUGAAGAACAGCUGAUUCAGGAAUUUAUGACGACCCGCAACGCCGUCACCAGCCUGAGGAAGAGAUGGCCGGGCGCGACGGUGCCCUACGAGAUCUCUGCGACCUUGCCCCACGCCGCCCGCUUGGCUAUCGGCGCCGCUAUCUUGCAACUGCACAUCAACACGUGCAUCCGACUCGUGCCCAGGACCAGCCAGAGGGAUUACGUGCUCUUCCGCGCCUCGGAUGUUCUCUUCAUCAAAAAAUUCUUUGUUUAUCCAGUCACUAGACAUAACAUCAAAAUUUCCAUUUUUUUUCUCCCCUCUUUUAGGUGCAGUUCCAGCGUCGGCCGCCAGGGGUCCAGGCAGAUAGUGCGCCUUUCGCCUCGAUGUUACACGCCAGGCAUCGUCGUCCACGAAAUCAUGCACGCUUUAGGUUUCUGGCACGAACAGGCGCGCGCCGACAGAGAUGAUCACGUGACUGUUCUUUGGGACAACGUGCUUAAUAAUAUGAAGCACAACUUCGCUCGAAAAAGAGGUUCUACCGUUCAAGAUUUUGGCACAGCUUAUGAUUAUGAUGAACCUUGUCUCGACGACCACAUCUACUGCGCCUUCUGGGCCGAGGCAGGCGAAUGCGCCUCCAACGGGAGCUUUAUGCGGCGCUUCUGCAGAUAUUCGUGCUUAUCAUGUCUGCCUGCAGAUCUACCAUUUUAA